AUGAGAAAAUUGUGUUCCACACUUACGGAUCACCAGCAUCGUAAUACAAUAGUGGAAGAGGAAGAAUGGCUUACAGCAGAACGUAUGGCAAAAUGGAUUAAAGACAAUGGAGUAUUGGAAAUUGUAUUGAGAGAUUCGUUGCAUCAGCCACAAUAUGUAGAAAAACUGGAGAAGAUUUUACGCUUUAUUAUAAAAGAACGUGCACUUACACUUGAAGACUUGGAUGCUGUUUGGGCAGCUCAAGCUGGUAAACACGAGGCGAUUGUGAAAAACGUUCAUGAUUUGUUAGCCAAGUUAGCUUGGGAUUUUAGUCCUGAACAGCUUGACCAUUUAUUUGAGUGUUUUCAGACAAGUUGGAGGACCGCCAAUAAAAAACAACGGGAAAAAUUAUUAGAAUUGAUUAGGAGACUUGCGGAGGAUGAUAAGGAUGGCGUUAUGGCGCACAAGACUUUGGCUCAUUCCGAUGAAGUCCCUACAGAAAUUAUGGAUCCGGCGUUGAAUGCUCGUGUAAAGAUUCUUGAUUAUUCAUGUUCGCAAGAAAGAGACGCGCAAAAGACAAUCUGGCUGGAUAAGUGUGUCGAAGAAUUGAAAAAUGGUGAUAAGUGGGCUCUUCUUCCUGCGUUAAAGCAAAUUCGCGAAAUAUGUUGCCUUUAUGAACCAAAUCCCAACUUGGGUCAUAGUCAACGUAGCCAUCAUUUACACUACAGGCAAGAAGUAAUAGAGCGUUUACAGAGUGAACACAUUCAGUAGUGAUACUUGUAACAAAUAGCUUAACAAAUUAUAUGGAUAAAUGGUAAAGACAAUUGGUAAAGGAAAAUCCUGAAAUUGACGCGAAUACUUUUAUGCCUGAUGGUCGAUACAAUCAUAUUAUGCAAGUACAGGAAAGAUUGAAUCUCUUGCGUUUUCUUGUAAAGGAUGGACAAUUAUGGUUACGCGCUGAUCAAGCGGAGCAGAUUUGGCAAUGUUUAGCCGAACAGGAUGUAUUUGUUUCUGAUCGCGAGGCGUGCUUUAAAUGGUUUUCCAAACUUAUGGGAGACGAGCCAGAUCUAGAUCUAGCGAUAAACAAAGACUUUUUUCAAAAUAAUAUACUGCAAUUAGAUCCGAUAUUACUUACAGAAAGCGGUAUUAAAUGUUACGAAAGAUUUUUUAAAGCUGUGUUAAUUCUGAGGAAGGAAAAUUGAAACUGAAACGUAGAACAUUUCUCAUGGAUGACGUGUAUUUAAUUGGGACUGUUACGGCCACCAUUGUAAUUUCCAUUAGUUGAAUGCUCCGAAAACAUUUCACAGAUUAUAUCAAACGUGAAUGAAAUUAUUAAAUAUUCCCUUCUAUUUAUUCGUAAUUUUAUUGACUAGAGCGUCUCAUUCGCGCUAAAUACAAUUAAAAUUACUUUUAAAAACUAGAACUAAGAAAAUGUCGAGGAGACAUUUUAUUUUUUUCUACUAUGUGUUUACUAUGAGAAUUAGCUUUACGAGCAUACGCGAUCUCAAGAACAAUGAUCACUAUUCUUGUGAUUUCCGCCAGUGCACGGUCUAGUCCACGCAUUUGCCUUUGAUCUUUUUGACUUAUGUCCGACGACCCUCGUACUCGGAAACGAAUGUAAAAUCGCAAUGCGCCGCGCGAUGUACAUAACGUAAUUAAUAGUAAAUUUCAUGAUUCGUCAAUUUAUAUCUGCGAGAUGGGAUCACGCAUACCAUAAAACUGAUGCACAAUCUUCCUUUUCGUUUCUCUCCUCGCUUUACUUUAUUACGUACACAAGCAUAUUGUAGGAAUCGGUAUAAUUCCGGUGAUUUGAAAUUUCCAAUGUAAAUACGCUUCAUUGUUUUCGCAAAAAUAAAAAUAGAGGCGAUGUUUUACGUCUGUAGCAUCCUCGAAAUCUGUAUUCAGCGAAAUUACACUAAUCUUAAAUGAUGUACGUAUACGCAGGAAAAUGACAUUCCGUCGUCGCAAUCUCUACUGUCCCUUGCGUAUCUCUCUUCCUCCUUCUUUUUUUUUUUAAACUACAACGCCGAGCGCUGUUUCAUCUGAUGGCAAAAACGACGAUUCCGGCAAUGAUCUUAUAUUACGUACAAUGCGCGCUCGGCUAUCGCACAUACUUAUGUCUCCCUUAUUUCUACCACGCAUAAGAUAAAUGACACUAGUAUCAUGACACUUCCAGUUUUUGUGAACCAUAUCUUUCGAAUAAUUAAAAAAAAAGGACAAGUAUUUUUUAUACAUGAUAUUAUACGCGCUUAUUAUUUAGUGGGAGUAAAAUUAAAUAUUAAAUAAUUAUAGACUACAUCUCGCGUGUUAACAAAAGAGAGUGAACUUAGCAUACAGUGUCCGUGUACAAAAACCAGGAUUUACAAUAGCGUUUCUCUAAAUCUCAAUGUAUAUAUAAUAGGAAUACAAUAAUUUUUUUAUCACAUAUAUAAAAAGCGGUUGUUUGUGUCUAUAUAUGUACAUGUCCGAGUAAGAUUAGGUACCAUUAUUAUUUUUAACAAAUAGAAGCUAUUAUAUAAUUUGGUACACUGUGUUUAACUCGGUUAUUCGAUAAAUACGAACAAUAAUAAUCAAUACGUCAUUAUUUCCUGGUGUCCUGACAUAGUCGUUGGUUUUUCGCACGAAAUCUUAUUAUACACACUGCUCGCUUAUUCCACAUUACAUGAUUUUAAUUCUCUUUUUUUUCUUCUUUUAUAAGAUUAUUUUUAUAUAAUAUUCUAUAUAUAACACACACACACACACGUUCCUUUUUUUAUUCAAUAAGUCAGAGCAAUGGCCGGUUAAUGGUUGAUAAAUUUGAAGAUCGUCACUUUCUUUUUCUCGUCUCUAUUUAUCAUUCUUUUUUGUAGAAUACUUCUCUGUUACCGGACGAUAUACCGGACGAUAUUAUCGAAACGAUGCGCGAUAUGAUCGUUUUCACAAUUUUUGCGAAAAGACCACAUCGUUUUAUCAACGAUAUAGGUCGUACCAUACAACGAUACAAACUACUUAUU